GCCGGUCUCGCGAGAGCGGCGGCCAUGGCGCUGCUGCGGGCGCUGCUGCUGCUGCUGUCCAGCCCGCGGCUCGUGGAGCGGCUCUCGGAGUCGCGGCCCAUCCGCGCCGCCGCCCGGGUCACCGCCAGCGCCCUCACCCGCGGCCAGCGCGACCUGGCCCCGCGCCUGCUCCGCCUGCGCGACGCCUUCCUCGCCGAGCUCAAGGACGGCGCCCGCGCGCGAGGGUGGCCGUGGCCGCGCGGGCCGGGCCGCGGCGGCCGCCCCGGAUCAGCGCCGUGAUCGCCGGAGGAGCGGGAGGCAGCUGCGGACAGCGCCGGGGAGGAGACGGGAACCGCCGCCGCUGCCCUGCGCCGAGCGCACGGAGCGCGUUGGAAGCGGCGGGUGAAGGGCCCCGGGAGCCGCUGCGGACCCCGGCGGUGCCCGGGCUGGGGAUGGCGAGCUGCGGACUGGACGGUGCGUUCUUCGUCGCGUGGCCUGGAGCGACUCCUCGGGAAAGCAUGAACACGAGAAGCUGCUCCUCAUCGGUUUCAUGGAUUUCCAUUUCAAAGACAGAAUACACGUCCCACGGUUCUCAGGAACAAGCAGACUCAAUUUAUAAUCACCUACAAUGCUGUGAAGAUUGUCACUUUAAGCGCUGAUAAGAAACUUGAAAUAAAAUCACAAUUCUCACAGGA